UCUCAGUAUUAGUACUGAUCAUCAUGUCCAUCGACUUUGAUAGUGCUGCUCUGCAAACUCAACAUGAGGAGGAGGAGGAAUACGACCCAGAGGACUAUGCCCGAGAACAAGAGCUCCACAAGCUGCUCACUGACCUGCCUGAUGACAUGCUGGAGGACAGCAGAGAAUCCUCCUCUCCUGAGCUGGACUGCUCUGCCUGCAGCAACCCAGACACACGGAACAGAUCACAACAGCCUACGUGGAAUCGCCAACAAACUGAAUGGUCCGAUCACCAAACACCUGCCUCACGUGAAGAAAACUAUGAGAAGGACUAUGACCACGGCUCCUACCAUGCAGAGUACCCCUACGAGGAGGCUGCUGUCGUUGGGCAGAUCAACGGCCAUGCCAACCAUGCCAGUCUCCCCCAACAGGGUCACCCCCAGGCCUGGAACCAGCAAGGACUGACUGAGUACCAGCAUGAAGAGCAGCACUAUGGCCAUGGUGAGGGUUGCACAUACACCAGCGUAGGUACUGAGCAGUCUGCAGCAGCCGGCCCUGAUUUCUCCACGGAGGAAGGGGGGUAUGGAGAUGAGUUGUACCCACGUGGGGCUGUUCUCCCUGGGGUGGAAUACCAGAGAGUAGUGGGGGGCCAUGGGGGCGAGCAGAACUACGCUGGUGAGGAUCAGAACAGCACCAGGAAACAUGUCCAAAAGUUUGACAGUGUGGUAUCAGCAGACUGUUAUAAGGCCAACUACAACCCCUACCAGCCUGCCAUUCAGCCCAAGAUGUUCACCUCCGAGGUCCCCCACCAGCAGCUUGACGACCACUAUGACCAGCUGCAGAGAGACUUCCUGGACUCGGCACAGAGUACUGCAGACACUCAGCAGCUAGCCCAGCUCCAGAUCCUCAACAAGGCCCAGCUGAGACAGAUCGAAGACCUGGAGCAGAAACUGGAGGAUUCAAGGCGCAAUAUGAGAUACUUGGAGCAUCAGUUUGCCAUCGUGAGAGAUGAGAAGGAGGGUCUGGCUGUGAGUCUGAAGGAGUCCUCCAGAGUGAUGGAGGAGGCCAAGGAGAGGGAGGUGCUGCUGCAGACUAGCGUUACGUCUCUGGAGCUGCAGGUUCAGGCCCUUACUGACCGAGAUCACGAGAACACCAAGAAGCAGCGUGUGGCGGAGGCAGCGGUGGACAGCAUGCAGCAGCAGAUGACAGAACUGUGUCGGUCAGACAGUCUGUCGAGACUCCGAGAGCAACACGACAGAGACCUGACCGUGGUCAGAGAGCAGCACGACGCCAAGCUGUUGGCGUUACAGCAGAGACUGGACGCCUGCGAUCAGGCCCUGGAAGAUCAGGCGGAGGUGGUCCAGGGUCUGCGUGAUCAGGUGAGGCAGCAGGAGAGACGGAGAGAGGAGGAGCAGGUGGAGAGAGCAGGAGUCAUCAACACUCUCACACAGCGCCUACAGGAGAGCCAGCAGCAGUGUGCCAAACUGCUACAGACCGGUUCAGUCCAGGAGAUGGGCCAGCUGCAAAUGAAACUACAACAGACUCAGUCAGCCAAGACCAUGAGUGACAACAUGAACAAAGCCUUGCAGGAGGAGUUGUCUGAGUUGAAGGAGCAGAUCUGUCUGUAUGAGUCUGUUGUGAAACACGGAGUCCUCUCUGCCGAGGUGACCGGAGGAGAUAUCUGGGAGAACCAGCUGUCUGACUCCUAUGUAGACCUGGGGAUCAAGAAGACUCGCUGUGAGAACGGACGAAUUCACAGCACUCCUCUGUUGGGAGUGUCUGAGCCCAACCCAAAGCUGCCCAGAGAGAAGGAGGACUUGGCUGUGAAGGAGCUCCGGGCAGAGUUACAGCGCUGUCUGGCCAGUCUGAAGGGAAAGAGGCAGAGGAUCAGUCAGCUGCAGGACCAUCUCCGGGACUCACAGGGACAGGUGAACGAGCUACAGACCCAGCUACAGACCCAGCUACAGACCCAGCUCGACCAGGAACAGACCAGAGACCCAGCAGAAACCAGACCAAUGGACCCACAUCCAGAUGUAGCUUCCCAGAAAGAGCUGUCCAGACUGCAGGAGGACAGGCAGCGCCUACAAGAACGCCUCGAGACUCUGGAGAAGAAGAACGUGGAGCUGAAGCAGAGGGAGGAGAAAGUGAAGGGGGCUAACUCAGAGCUGUGUACCAAGAUGAGAGAGAUGAUUCAGGAACUGGACCAGGAGAAGCAGGAGGCUGCUCAGAGAUCAUUUCCUAAUGGAUACCAGUCAUCAUAUGGGAAAAUGAGCGACUGUGCAGAACUCGCCCUGGAACACACAGCUCAGAUAGAUGACAUCACGGCACACCACCAGCUGCAGAUGCAACAGCUACAAGCCAAGCUGUGUGAGGUGAAUGGAGAGAUGGUGGCAGUGCAGGAGUGCUACAUCUCACUCUGCAAGGACAAAGACCGGCUGGAGGAGAAGCUGCAGGGAAGAAUGGAGGAGGAGGAGAAGAAGAAGAAGAAGAGGGAGAAUGAGCUGAAAACUCUAGACGAGAGCAGGACUGCUCUGGAGAAGCUGAGAUCAGACCUGGAGAGCCAACAUCAGGAGAAUGUCACCAAGCUCAGAGCCCUGUGGUCUGAAGAGAAGGACAAGGAGCUCAGACAAGAGCUCCAAACCCAGCUGACCAAGGCCAAGGCAACAUGGACUGAGGAGAAGGAGGAGAUGGACAGGUCCUGGACUCAGAGGCUGGAGGCAGCCGUAGCAGACGCCAGAGGACCGAGACCCACAGAUACCCAGGGGUCUCAGACGGACCUAACUGAGGAGGGGACACCUAGCCCUGAGAGGACCCAGGCUGCUCCAGGCUGCACCAUGGAGGAGCUGGACACCAGGCUCCGGGAACAGAGGCUCCAGCUGCAGCGAGAGGCAGACACGGCACGACGCAGAGCAGUGGAGGAUGCUGGGAAACGAAUCCAGAAAGAACUACAGGAGAAACACUUGGAGGACAUGUCCAAACAGGUUGAAGGAGCGAUAAGCAGAGCCUACAGCCGCUGGCUCCAGGAUCUCCCCAUUCUGCCGGAGUUUAAGGCAGCGCUCCAGAGAGAACGAGAGAAGUGGGAGAAAGAACAGGAGAAACAUGUUCAACAACGGGUGUCCCUAGCCCUGAGGGAAGCAGAAGAGCGGCCGAGGAGUUUGGAAGAGGACGAGCAGGGAGGAGCAGAGAGGGUUGAGGAGCUCCAAGAGGAGGUGCGGCGUUGGAGGCAGCUGGAGGAGGACCUGAAGACCGAGGUGGAGGAGGUGGCACAUCUGCAGAGCCAGGUGGAUGAUCUGCAAAGUCAGCUUGACCAUGAGAGGGAGGAGAAGGCUGCCCUGCUGAAAGCCGAGCUACUUGCAGCCAGAGCCUCCUGGAACAGAGAGAAACAGCAGGAGAUCUCCUCCCUGCAGGCCUUCCAGGAGGAGAAGCUGAAACAGGCGCAGAAGGAUGUGCGGGAGGCGGCGAAUGGGGAGGCGGAACGCCAGAGGAAAGAGCUCCUUUUGCAGACGGAGGCUGAGCUGCAACAGGCUCUGAGGGACCGAGAGGAGGACUGGAAGAGGCAGGAGGAUAGGAGGGGCAAGGAGGAGAGGAGGCAGGGAAGAGCGGAGGAACGCGAGGAGGUGCUCCGGGAGCUUAAGGCUGGGCUGAAGGAGGUGCAGUCUGUGCUCCUCGGAGGAGGAGCCUACAAAGAGAAGGAGAACGGAGGAGAGGUGGAGGGGAGGGGGAGAGCCAGCGGGAGUGUCAGAGACCUCCUCAUGUCUACCUGUAAAGACCUCCUCUUUAAAGCUGUUGCCCAGGCCAAGAAGGAGUUGAAGAAGAUCAGUGAGGAGAGGCUUGGCCGGGUGCUGAAGGAAACUCAGGAGCGUCAUGAGAAAGAACUCAAACAGAUUCAUAGCUCCACUGCUCAGAAGACGGAAGAGGGUGGUUGUGGGAAGCGGUGUGCUGAGACCGUGUCCGAGCUGCAGAAGAAGAGUCGGGACCUCCAGAGGCAUCUCGAGAAGGCCUGUAGACAGCUACAGAUGACCGUCAAAGACCACAAGGCCUCAAUGCAGUGCCUCAAAGUUGAGCACGAGGUGGCCCUACGGAAAGAAAAAGAGGACAACCUGCAGAAACUUGAAGAAUUGAAAAGCUCUGCAGCCAAAGAAUCCUCUGGGGGUACAGAGCAGAGUCUCCAUGCUGGCCUUGAAGAGAUGAGGGAGCAGUACAUGAAGGCUGUUGAGAAAAUCAGAGGUGACAUGCUACGCUACCUCAAGGAGAGUAAGGAGCGAGCAGCGGAGAUGAUCCGUGUCGAGGUGCUGCGAGAGAGGCAGGACACAGCCAGGAAGAUGAGACGCUACUACCUCACCUGUCUACAGGAGCUUCUAGAGGACGGGGGGCAGGCCACCGGGGCUGAGAAGAAAAUAAUUCAUGCUGCGAGUAAGUUGGCGGCCAUGGCCAAAGUGUUGGAGACCCCUACCAAGAGGAAAACGGGAAAGAGCCACAGCUUACCGGGCUCGUCAUCAAAGACAGAGGCCGCCACUGACAACCAUCCAGGCAACGCGUCAGGUUCUCCUCAUAAAACCCCAUGUCCAGCUAGCCACUUCCCUGAGAUCACCAUGUCCAGUGGUGACGAGGGGAGGAUCCUGAAGGCCAAGAGGUCCUCUGAGCCCGACUCCAAAACCACGUCAGCUGCAGCCAACACCACCUGGAAUACUAGGCCUGUGAGUAAACCCACCCACCUGAACCUCCUGACCAAUGGAAAGGAGAAAGGAGCCCCUGCAAACUUGCUUAGGAAACCCCAUGUCUCUUCGGGACUCUUCCUCUCACUUCCUCCUCACAAAUCCUCUCAUCAAAUUGGUCAAACCUCCGUCGACUGUUACCGUGGUGAUUUUACUAACGUUACUCUGAGGACCCAGACCAGCAGGGAGCUGUACCUGCAGGGGGCGGAGUCGGGGAGAUCAGAUGAUGACAACUUCCUGUGUCACCGUAGUAACACUAAACCCUUCCUGGUCCAGGAGGAGCUUCCCGUUAGAGAUGAAGGAGGAUCGAGUGAUUGGAGUUUGUCCAGUAAUGGGUCCCAAGAUGGCCGCCACGUCCCCGCAGUUUCCUCUCACCCAGGCAGAAAAAUGGAAACUGUGAAACCGUUCCCUUUGCGUGGACCUUCUUCAGCUGAUGACCUCACCACUGACAACUCCGACGUGACAGUUUACAAAGACUUUGUCAAUGUUCAGUCUUGCGCCAAAGCCUCGACUUUCCCCAGUUUCCCGCCUCAGACCAAAGCUUUGACUCAGUCUGUCCCCAGUAUGAAGACUGGUAGUAGUAGAUCAAGUCACAGAGAGCCUGUCCCUGGCUCUGAGGGGGACUGGCAGAAUCAGAACCAGUUCCAGAACAGGCUGUGUUCUAAGAGUCUGUUCUCUGAGCUGAAGCGGAGUCAACAGCAGGACGGUGGUUUUGACGGUCCAUUCUCUCAUCGACAAUAAGAGCGAACAGUCCGAAGACUCUGCAUGACACUGUUCUUAUAAAGGGAGGAAAUGGAGCUCGUGGAGAUUUCAGUGAGUCUUGAAUUUAGUAUUUUGGUUCAGUUUUACAUUUACAUUAAUAUGUGAGUCAUUUAGCAGACGCUCUGAUCCAGAGUGACUUUUACAGGAGAAGUGAGGUUUAAGUGACUUGCUCAACAUCGACAGAUUUUUCACCUCGUCGGCUCGGCGAUUCGAACGGUCUUAACCGCUAGGCUACCAACCGCCCCACGUGAUAUGAUGUGGGAAAUGACUGAGGUCAUCGUUACGCCAUGGUCAUCAUUACGCCACAGUCAUCAUUUUUUAUUUUACCUUUAUUUAACCAGGCAAGUUAGUUAAGAACAAAUUCUUAUUUUCAAUGACAGCCUAGGAACAGUGGGUUAACUGCCUGUUCAGGGGCAGAACGACAGAUUUGUACCUUGUCAGCUCGGGGAUUCGAACUUGCAACCUUUCGGUUACUAGUCCAACGCUCUAACCACUAGGCUACCCUGCCGCCUCAUUACGCCACGGCCAUCGUUAGGGCCAUCAUUACGCCGGGGUCAUCAUUACGCCGGGGUCAUCAUUACACCAGGGUCAUCAUUACGCCACGGCCAUCAUUACGGCACGGUCAUCAUUACGCCGGGGUAAUCAUUACACCAGGGUCAUUACGCCGGGGUAAUCAUUACACCAGGGUCAUUACGCCGGGGUCAUCGUUACGGCGGGGUAAUCAUUACACCAGGGUCAUUACGCCGGGGUCAUCAUUACGCCGCGGUCAUCAUUACACCAUGGUCAUCAUUACGCCGGGGCCAUCAUUACGCCGGGGUCAUCGUUACGGCAGGGUAAUCAUUACGCCACGGUAAUUCUAAAUUGCCACAAACGUGUACAAGUGAACCUCUUGUUCUUGUGUGUUAGGACCAAUGGCUAUCUUAGGUUGUGGUGUGCAGUGAAUGUGCCUUCAAGAAAGGAUGAAUACGCAGUAGGAUACAAGCCUGGUGUGAUCUGGCUUCGUUCUAGUCAAUGAUUUCCACGUUUCUUAAAUGUUACACUUCUUCCGUCUGUGUGUCUUGUUUUCUUUUAAUGGCUUUUUAUCUGUACUGAAGGAUUUUUUAAAAUUUAUUUUUGUUUUUCUAAAUUAAACUAUUUUUAUAUCAAGGUUGUGAGUUAUGCUGUGCAUGUAACAAAAUACAGUUCUCUAUAAUAAAAAUGAUGUUGCUUUAAUGUAAUUUAGAAUAACUUUUCGUUUAGAUCUUACUGAUGUGGACUGUAAUAAAAAGGGUUCUAUUUACUCGACAA